AUGCAGAAAUCUGGUAUACUCUUUGGUUUGGCGGUGAAGAAAGGGAGGAGAAAGAUUUGUAAGAUAAUGAAUUUUAAAGAGGUUCAGGAAUUCACUUAUUUGGGUACUAAAGUGGCUUUGAGGAGACUAAAAAUUUCAUAUUUUCAAUUGAUUGUUGAAAAAGCUCUAAACAUGCUAAAUGUUUGGGGAGGGAAGCUUAUUUCUCUUGCUGGCAAGAUUACUUUAGUGAAAUCUGUUUUACUAUCCUAUCCGAUUUUUCAUACUGCUCUUUCAUUGGUGCCAAAAAAAAUAUUGUAUGAAGUUGAGAAGGCUUGCAGGGAUUUUAUCUGGAGCAAAAGCGAAUGCAAGAAGGGAAUGCAUUAUGUGAGCUGGGAAAUGAUGUGCAAACCAAAAAAACUAGGUGGUCUCGGCAUAAGCUCCUGCUCGGCAAAAGCAGGUCCAUUAAGAGUUAAGUUGUCUUUGAGGUAUUGUCAGGAAAAAAAUUCUCUUAUGCACAAGGUUCUAUUUCCAAAAUACGGCCCAAUUAUGGUUGAUGAUUAUAAUAGAAGAGGAGGAUCUAGUUCAUGGAAGCUUAUUCAAAAUGGUGGUGAAUUCUUGAAGCCAUUAGUCAGAUGGUCUGUUGCAGUGGAAGCAUUAGAAACAGGGGAAGCUGAUUGUAUUGAAUGGAGUUGGUUUAAGAAAUCAAAGUUAAAUCCUAGAGUGGAUUUGUGGUGGAGACUAUUCAAGAAGGCUGUCCAAACUAGCCAUUUUUUGUGCUAUAGAAGAUUACAAGGCAAUGAGGUUGCUUAUCAACCCUCUCGGUUGCUCAAACCUUGGCAUCCUCCUCCGUCUGAUUGGAUAAAAGUGAACAUUGACGCUGCUCUUUUUAAAUCCUACAAGGCGGGGAUAGGAGGAGCUUUCAGAGCUCAUCAAGGAAGACUCUUAUUGGCUUUCGGUAGAAAACUUAUAUACAGGGAUCCGGGAGCAUUGGAGUUACAGGCUAUUAUUUCUCUAAAACUGGUUUUCAAGGAGUGGAUGAGUCAACAAAGGAAUCAUAAUUGA